AUGCACGUAGAUUACUCUGUCUACCUCGUGACUGACAAUACUCCCGCCAUUCUCGGCGACAAGGACAUUGUCGAAGUUGUUCGCGCUGCCGUAGAAGGAGGCGUCACAAUUGUACAAUUGCGUGACAAGACCAGCGACACUGCUGAGCAGAUCCGCGUUGCUAAGGCUCUCCAUGCUAUAACAAAGCCUGCGAAUGUUCCCCUUCUCAUCAACGACCGAGUAGAUGUAGCUCUGGCUGCUGGUGUUGAAGGUGUUCACAUUGGCCAGGAUGACAUCGACCUCGCAUCUGCUCGCAGACUACUUGGAAAGGAUGCCAUCAUUGGUGUAACUGCAAACUCACUCGAGGAAGCCGAGAUUGCAGCCAAAGGAGGAGCUGACUACCUGGGUGUGGGAACUGUCUUCGCUACACCCACCAAGGAGAACACAAAAUCGAUUAUUGGCACCUCUGGAGUCCAGCACAUCCUCUCGGUCCUGUCCCGGUCUGCACCGGAGAUCAAGACUGUCUGUAUUGGUGGCAUCAAUGCAAAGAACUGCCAGCGUGUGCUUUACCAGACUGCUGCUGCAGAGAAGAGCCUCGAUGGUGUCGCUGUCGUUAGUGCCAUCAUGGCUGCUCAGGACCCGAAGAAGGCCGCUUCCGACCUUCGUGAGCUUGUUGCAACCCCUCCUCCGUUCGCUACUUCUAUCUCUGCCCCGGCGCUCUCUCACGAAGAUAUUGUGCGUAGAAUUCCUGAGCUCGUCAAGCGUUUGGCAGGCAAGAAGCCUCUAUGCCACAACAUGACGAACCUGGUCGUGCAGAACUUUGCUGCAAACGUGGCUCUUGCUGUCGGCGCAAGUCCCAUCAUGUCAAACAACAGCCUCGAAGCCAACGACCUUGCAUCUUUUGGUGGCAGCCUGGUCAUCAAUAUGGGCACCACCACUCCGGAAAUGCGCUCUAACCAUCUCAACACCAUCGCUGCCUACAACAGUGUUGGCGGACCAGUUUUGCUCGAUCCUGUCGGCGCAGGAGCCACCCAGCAGCGUCGCGAAGGCGUUGCAGCACUCAUGCGUGGCGGCUACUUCGAUGUCAUCAAAGGAAACGAAGGCGAGAUCCGCACUGUAUCUGGAGCCACUGGCUUCAAGCAGCACGGUGUAGACAGCGGUGCGUCUACCUUGACUCUCGACGGCCGCGUCAAGCUGGUCAAGUCGGUCGCUGCCAAAGAACAUAACGUGGUCUUGAUGACUGGUGAGAUCGAUGUCGUUUCUGAUGGUAAACGUACGUUCAAGAUUGGCAAUGGACAUGCAUUCUUGGGUGAAAUUACUGGGAGUGGGUGCACUUUGGGUACUACUAUCGCGAGUUUCUUGGCCAUCGAAAGGGAGGACAAGUUGCUCGCUGCUGUCACUGGUAUCUUGAUGUAUGAAAUUGCUGCUGAGAGGGCUGCGAAGAGAGACACUGUCAGGGGUCCUGGUACCUUUGUGCCUGCUUUCAUCGACGAACUGUACGCUAUUCGUCAGGAAAGUGCAGCUGGAAAUGGAGAGUGGGCGAAGGCGGCCAAGAUUGAGGUCGUUGAGGCCUAG